AUGGCUGCAGCGCGGCUCAUCACCUGGGGGCUGCUUCUGGCCGCCGGGGUCCCGGUUGGGGCCCAGGGGACGCUGCCUGCCGAGCUGUCCCCAGGUGUGACCCUGUCGCGGGGCAGAGACCCCCUGCAUGGCCCUACCUGGGGACAGCAGCAGCUGGACUCCUCCCCUGCCUGGGAGGCGUCGGGGGAGCUGAGCGGCACCGGGAGUGAGCGCUGGGAGGACGGCAGCCCCGUGCGCUGGUCUCCACCGCUGUGGGCAGGGGUUGGCACCACGGCUCCCCAGGGGACAGAGACCACCACGGCACGUGCUGAGAGCGGGGCGUGGAGGGGUGGUGGCGAUGCCUCUGCCGAGGAGCCCAUCAUCGCCUGGCAAGACCACGAGGCUGAAGGCCAGGACAUUGCCCCGGGGGGAACCUGGCUGACCCAUGGCUCUGCACUGGGGACACUGGGCCUCGAGGUGCCCAUGGACAUGGAACCAGGCUCCACAGGACCAUCCUGGGCAGGGCAGAGCACGUCCCCAGCCAGGCAGAGUGCUACCAGACCAGCGAGCACCCCUGGUCCUCGGCCAACUGUGUCCACCAUCGCCCUGACCCCCGUACUGGCAGCAGGGACAGGUAUGGUGACAGCAGAUGCCCAGACAGGGGGACAGGCAGUGGUGGGGGGACCCACAGCCACCCUGGCCCUCCCUUGGGACGCACAGCUCACUCUGGCCAGCAGCCAGCCCUUCCCAUUGGCCGUCCCCCGCCCCACAGGCACAGGACCAGCCCAGGGUCCCCAUGGCAGCCCCGGCUCCAUGCAGAUGGUGGGCAGAGAGGGGGACCCAGGAGUGCCCUUCAGCCCCUCCCCAGCUCUUCCCAGCUCUGCUGCACAGCCGCCCUCUGCUGAGCUCUGGACGCGGGUGCUCCCAGCCCACCAGCGCAGCACCCGGAGGGCCCCCCUCAGCCACACCACCACCAGCCCCAGGGAUGCAGCCCCUCACACGGACACUGGGCAGCAGGGACACCAGCCCACCCUGGGCACUGACCUCAGCACCAGCCCUGCACCAUCGCAUGCCUCCAGCACUUCCAGCAGAGGGCUUCUGUCUGAGGAGGACGUUGGCUCCCCGCAGCGUGUCCGGGGUGCUGUGGGCCCCAUGAGUACCCCAAACACCACCAAGGCCACCACACAACCGACGGCACAUGCCACCACAGGGACCCCCGGGACCAGGCGUGCAGACACCCUAGGGACGCAGCCCCCCACCAACAGCACCGCAGCCCCCUCAGCCACAUGGCGGCAGGCAGGGGUCACACCCCAGCCAGCCCCCCGACACCCAUCCACGCCGCCGCCGCAGCCCAGCCGCCCCCCAGCACCGGGGGCCAACGGGACAGGACUGCACUGGGCUGAGCUGCGGCACCGGCUGGGCUUCGCCUGGGAGGCCCACGUCUAUGGGGUGGCUGCCAUCUUCCUGCUGCUGGCACUGGGCUGCCUGGCUGGGCUGGUGGGGGUGGUCACCCUGCAUCCCCCACACCUGCCCCACCUUCUAGGGGCCCAUGGGCUGCUGCUGACUGCCUGCCUGCUACGGGCCACCUUCCUGCUGCUGGACCCCUAUGGGGCACGAGGCCGCCUGCCCCCCCGGGCCUUGCUGCUGCUCAGCACAGCCCCCUUCCCCAUGCUGCUGGGCACCUUUGCUCUCCUGCUCCAGUGGCUCCAGCGCCUGACCCAGCUCUGGCUGCUGCCGGCCUGGCUGCGGGGGCUGCCGGUGCUGGGGGCUGCCGUUGCCCUGCAGAGCUUGGUGCUGGGGGCUGCAGAGCUGCUGCCACCCCGGCUGGGCCCCGCUGCCCGCCUGGCGCUGCAGGUGCUGGGCUGCGGGGCCGGGUCCCUGCUGCUGCUGGGUGGGCUCUGGGGAGGCUGGAGGGUGCUUCGAGCACCCCGGGAGGCAGCGGGGGGUGUCAGGGGGGCAGGGCCACGGCAGGGGGCCCAGGCGCUGCUGGUGGCAGCAGUGAUGGGGCUGCCGGUCUGUGGGCUGCAGUUCUACAGCACCGUGUGGCUGCGGGGGGUCCUGGGACCCCCCUGGCAGUUCUCCCAGCCCGGCUGGCCGGCACAGCUCUGGCUGCGAAUCGGGGAGCUGGGCACGGCACUGGCACUGCUGGCAGCUGCCGCCGAGCCGCUGUGCUGCCGCUGCCGGCGCCGCAGCCCCGCCGGCCAUUCCUGCUGGGCCAAGGCGCUGCGGUACUUCUGCACCGGCCACAAAGCCGAAACGCCCGAGUACCCCAACAACUGCUACGACUGGGCCGGCAGCGGCACCGGCAGCACCGGCCCGGAUCGGGUACCCACCAGCGACAUCUCCAAGAAUCUCAUCCGCAACCCAGCGGAGCAGCUGCCCCUGCGGGCGCUUAAGGACAGCAACGAGGCCUGGGCAGGCGCGGGGGGGAUGCCGGGGCUCAGCCCGAAGUGCCCCAACGCUUUGCUCGUUCGCUCCUGCGCUGCCUUCGAGCAGGGCUCGACCCCCUCGCUGGGCGAGCUGGCCUUCCGCCCGCCCUCCCCCAUCGACCUGCGCCGCAGCAUCGACCAGGCGCUCUGCCGCCGGCACCUCCUGCACGACAGCCUCUUCAGCCGGCCCCGCCGCGGCUCCGGCACCUCGCUGCACGGCUCCCCGGCUCCCUCCGAGACCCCCGGCCGCGGGCACAUGGUGCGCUGCAGCUCGCUGACGGACCUGCCCGGCUCCCGGCAGCCCCCCGGCGCCAUCGCCAUCACUGUCACUGCCUCGGCCAGCUCGCUGGAGAGCAGCUCGCUGAAGAUCAGCUGGAACCCUUGGCACCACGGGCUCUCCUCCCCUGACAGCCUGCCCUUGGAUGAGACGCCCAGCCGGGCCCCCCUCCUGCUGCCUGCUGUGCCCCCCAGCUGGGAGCGCGAGGGUCCCCGUGGCUUCCCGGCCCUCGCCAGGGCGACAGACACCCGCAGCCUCUCCAGCGACACCAUCGAGCUCUGA